UAAAAAACAAAAUCAGAAGCACAGCAGCAGCAAAAGGUGGAUUUUCCUUUUCCUCGCUUCCUCGAAAUCUAUUUUCCUCUUAGGAUUCACUCUAUAAGUCCAAAUUUUAUGCGGCUUAUGCCCACUAACUCAGCGAGACAAACUCUACAGUCGAAGGCUUUCGAUUUUGUUACGGUGACAGUCCCUCGGAGAGUGGAUUAGGCAGAGAUGGCAAAUCAAGGUGCAAAGAAGCGCAAAGAAGAGAACGCCCGACACAUGGCAAAUCUCCGUCGCCUGAUCAUAGCCUGUAAUGUUUUUUAUGUGCUACUAAGGAUGCUCAUCUUCCAUUCUAGUUUCGCCUGGAAAAAUUGGGUUGCUUUGCUUCUCACUUCUCUUGCUUAUUACUAUCCCUAUCAACAACUCGCUCAAAUGGCAAAUCCUUCUUAUGGCGAUGAUGGGGAACUUCUGGAUGGUGGCUUUGAUACGACUACUGGUGGAGUAUGUGGCUAUUUGCAUGAUGUAAUCUAUAUCACAGGCUUCGUGCAAGUCAUGUCCAUAAUCUCUGGAAAAUUUUGGUACACGUAUCUGCUGAUACCAGGUUUUGGAGCAUACAAAUCAUUUGGUUUCAUUAGAGGAUUUAUGUCUCAAGGUUCAGAGGGGGGUGUUGAGGAUGAAAAGACUCGGAAGAAGAGGGAAAAGUUGGAGAAGAAGGCUUCAAGACCCCAGUUUGUCAAGACAAGAAACAGAUAAUGUACUUUGAAGGGACUACUCUUGCGCUUGUACCAUCGAGUUUCCUCAUAAAUGAAUUAAAACCAACCACUCUAAGAUAUUGACUCAGGCUGUUCAAACCCAGGAAAAGUAUGACCGAAGGCUACACUCACAUUUGAGUACUGCUAGUAUGAGAUGGUGUCUUGUUUGAGUAUAUGAACUGUGUAAUUCUGUUUUGGAUGCCUCUAAUAUUUGAACUGUAAUGUGUACAUUCCGACUCGGAUAUAUGUAGCGAACGGAUACUGCUUCCCGUUUGGGCAACAUGCUUUAACUGAAUCGCUCAACGAAUAUUCAGUGUGGCUGCUGAUAUCGUCGCUUUUGAAUACUUUUUAGAGAUUAGUCUCAAGAUUGAUAUAAAUCUUGAAUUUUUGCUGUACA